CUGACAUAGUUUUCGCAUUCUUGUGGCGAGAGUUUGCGAGAUUUCAAGCAACAAGAUGGCGCUGGUAAACCGAAAACUGAAAGUUGUGGUGAAAGUGUGAAGAAACGUGAUUAGACCCGGCGUGAGGAAACACACACCUCAAGACGCAAACUGACAGCUGAGAGGCACACUACACUGAGGCAUUCCACCUCCAGCCUUUUCUUCAAGACUGGAGACAAUUUUCAGACACUAGGGAAGAUUACCUAUCCAGGUUAAAGAGAGUACAGAUAGGAUCUUGUCACAGAAGAGUGGGAGGAAUAAUUUGGGAGAGACAGGCGUAGAGCAGUGUUGUAACAGAAUGCAAGGUGAGGGGGACUUACUGAGAACUUGCAUUUCGUGAGAAGGAAGAUGAAUCGAAGUCCCCCAACCCAACCCCCAAUGGCACCACCACGGGAGCCCGGUCAGCAGCCCCUGUCCGAAGUGGACCGCUGCAAGAACGUCUACUUCUGCAAGAGUGGAGACCACCAUUUCUCAGCCUGCAAGGUCCCCAUCACCAGAAAGAACUUCAGAACCUUUGAUGCUCUUCUGACGCACCUGUCCCGUCGAGUCCCUCUGCCGUUCGGCGUACGUAGCAUCCAUACUCCAGGCGGCAUCCACGGGGUAUCAUCAAUAGAGCAGCUGGAAGAUGGGAAGGCGUACGUCUGCUCGGACAGAAAGGGAAGAGCCAAACCGGUGGAUCUGUCGCUUGUAUCACGAAGACCACAACCGUGGCACCACAGUAAGCCUGACAGUGCUAAACGACGAGCGUUGCUCCUCAGCCCAACACGCAAGAGAGUGAGCAAGACCUCCUCCAACGCAUCGACCGUGUCAAACAACCUGACUGUCCGAACACCAAAAAAGAUUCUCGUCAUGAAAAAUGGGGACCCUUCGCACAAGCACGUUUUUCUGCUGAAUCGGCGGACGGCGCAGAACUUUGAGAACGUGCUAGAUGAUAUUGCUCAGGUCUUACGCAUCGCUGUCCUGAAGCUCUUCACAGUAGAAGGAAAGAAGGUUGACAGUUUGCAAGGUGUGUUCAGCGGACCUGACGUGUAUGUAGCAGCCGGGAAGGAAAACUUCAAGCCCAUGAAUGGCCCCAUAGCCUACGCCCCCCACCCACCCAACAAGCCACCCCGGGACAGAGAGAGCAGGGCCACACGAGACACGGACAAGAGAAGCCCACUGAAGCCCACCGAGCCCAAGAAAUCAAAGGGUCGUUUCCGAGUCUGGGUCCACACCGGAGACUAUCCCAACUCUGGUACUGAUGCUCACGUCACCCUGACAGUCUACGGGGACAGGGGCAACUCCGGACCGCUCUCACUGGGAGGAGGGGAUGGCAUGCUGUUUGAAAGGGGGAAUGAGGAUGAGUUCACUUUGUCUGCAGGCAAUGUUGGGGAAGUCUACAAAGUUAGAAUAGGGCACGAUGACAGUGGAGCCUCCCCUGCAUGGUACUGUAGAGAGAUCCACAUGGAGGAUGUAAACACCAAGGAGCAGUUCCAGUUCCCGGUGGAGCGGUGGAUGGCUCGGGAUGAGGAUGAUGGGGAGGUGUGCCGGGAGCUGCCGGUCUACAGGGACGGCGAGCCUCUACUCCCCAUCUUGAAGUACCAGUGUGCGGUCUACACUGGUGAUGUGUGGAAUGCUGGGACAGACGCCAAUGUGUACAUCACAGUCUAUGGUGAGAGAGGAGACACUGGCCCCAGACUGCUGCACAAAGGGAAGAAGGCUAUUCUCUUUGAGAAAGGACAGGUGGAUGUGUUCUAUGUGGAAGCAGUUCACCUGGGGAACAUCAAGAAGGUCAUCAUCGGCCAUGAUGGAACAGGAUUAGGUGCAGGCUGGUUCCUGGACAAAGUAGUGAUGAAGGAGUCCAAGGGAGCAUCACGAGAAUUUGUUUUCCCUUGUGAAAGGUGGCUAGAUGAAGGAGAGGAUGAUGGGAAGAUUGUGCGAGAACUCAUGGUAGAGGACCAGCCAAUGACGCAGUUUGUGCGGUACGGUGCAGUAAGGGCCAUCCUGCUUAAGCAGUCAAAACACAAACAACGCAACGUCAAGGAGAAAGAGAUGUGGGAGCUGGAGAAGUGGAAGUUCCAGAAGGGGAAUCACAUUGUGCUGUUCUGUAAGGCAACCAAUAAGGCUGUACGCAUCAAGACUGAUGCAUCUGUAGAUGCCUAUGGAGACCCCAGGGAUAACUAUGGUGUGUUUGAGGUUGUGAAGAGAAAGAACAAUGUCCGUGUCUUCAGCAGUUUGCCCAACCCAGCGUACCACCUCGCCGUGGACCAGAACAGAGUGCUGGGACAGCUGCUUGAGGACAAUCCCUUCGAUCCAAAUGAAGUCUCCAGCUCUGACUUUGAUCACGAAUCUCUCAUGUCUAAAUCUGCUGCCACCUCUCCUGACCCAUCUUUCGGUGAUUCUUUCAUGGUUGAAUGUCCUGAUGAUGAUCAGGAGACCCCUACACCUGAAGACACUCCCAUCAUGAUGGACCAUAAGGGUCAGCUGCUUGCUGGAGAUUUAAAACCUCCUCAACUUUUACGACGAGCAAAAUCCCCCGUUCCUCCGGGUGACAGAUCAUUGCGUCCUGAGUCACCCAUGCCACCCGUCCUGUCCCCUCCACCUCUCAUUAAAUCAGUCCCAUUUCCAGUCCCAAAACCACCCCCUAAGCGGACUAGCACAGGAGGGAAGAGCCUUAGACGGUUACAACGGUUUUCUCUGCCAAAACAUGAGUCAGCCACCCAGUUACAGGUCCUGUCCUGCCAGGCUAAAUCAGACGGGGGAAAUCUUCCCAAGGCUCAAAAGCUGAAAACAAGAAGGUGGCAGAAUACAGACUCUCACGUGAAGAGCAAGAGGUUUUCAAAGCAGGAGAGUUGGUCAACCAAGUCCACCUCGACUGAGCCUAAGUCUUCUGACUCUGAUCUCACUUCCUUCUUGCCUAUGCUUCCGGGCAAGGGAGGAGCGUUCUGUGAGUUCCAGGUCAAAGUUCAAGUGGACCGUUGCAUCAUGCUGGAGUCUGUGAAGUACCCGAGCCAGCACAUGACCUUCAUGCCCAACGGGAAAGCUGCUGACACACGGGGCACCAACACUGGCCCUGGACGCCAGUUCUCUGUCUACGUCAAGGGGGUGUUCCGAGAUGAUGGUAUCAUCCGGCUGAACAGCAGUAACAGCCAGUGCUUCGCCAUCACGGAGGACGGACAGUGUACGGGCGUCGCCAAGCGCAACCAGGAGGCCAACUUCCGUGUCAUCAAGGUCCAGGACGGAUGUGUCCGCAUGUUUGAGAGCCUGGAAUUCCCCAACCGCUACCUGCGCAUCAAAGACGGGCAGUGUGAUGGCUUUGGUAUUGGUGACAGAUACUGUCAAUUCCAAGUCACGAAGCACCAUUCAGAAGGCUACGUGACGCUGGAGUCUAUGAAGAGUCGGGGUGUGUAUGUGGGGAUCCAGGCAGACGGCAAGGCUAGGCCGUGUGUAGACACAGGGGAACCCAACAUCAGGUUCUACCCAGAAGUCAUUAAAUUUGGAAAGAAGAAGGAGCGCAGCCCCAGCACCCCAGAGUCGUCUGUGGUCUCCCCUGUGAAGGACCUGACCCCUCCCCAGUCUCCUGUCAAGAGGAUGCGCACCCCUCGCAACUCCCCCUCCCCCUCCCCUCCCGUCACCCCAGAUGAGACCCCCAGGGAGAGGACUCCAGACGAGGACAGUGUGGAAGCGGGUGAUUGGCGGGUGUGGGUGAUCACCGGGAAGGAGUCGACAGAUGCGCAGGUGACCCUGGAGGUGUUUGGUGACCAGGGUGGGUCCGGACCCAUCGUGCUGGGCCGGGGAGGCCAGUCUGGCAUGUUUGAGGCGCUACAUGAGGACACCUUCCAGAGGGGUUAUGCUCUCAAAGUUAACCUGUCUGAUGUAGGAGAAAUCUACAAGGUCCGUGUCAGUCAUGACAACACUGGAGACAAGCCAGACUGGUAUCUUGGCAAGGUACACAUGAAGGACCUGAAUGGCGAUGAGGAGCUGGUGUUUAAGUUCCACCGCUGGCUGUCCCGUAACAAAGAGGACGGGGACAUCAUGAGAGAGCUUCCAGUCGUCCAGCCAGGAAAGAACACCCUCCCAGUUCUUCGGUACUAUGUCCAAGUGUACACCGGCGACAUAGAGGAGGCCUUUACAGAAGGAGACAUCUACAUGAACAUAGUGGGAGAGAGGGGCGACACAGGGGAGCGACUGCUGAUGAACUCUACUCAGGAGAAAAAGUUCCAGCCAGGCCAGGUUGAUGUGUUUGAGAUUGAGGCCGUGUCCCUGGGAGCGCUGAAGUCCGUGGUCCUGAGGUGUGAUUCAGGCAGGUCGGAUACAGGCUGGUACUGUCAGCACAUCAUCGUCAGGGAGUCCGAGGGUGCCAGGACUGAAUGGAUCUUCCCAUACGAGAGACACCCAGAAGAAAAGAGAGCAGAUGGUCAGCUGGUGAGGACUCUACCUCUUAAAGAAGAGAGACCUGUGCCAUCAGAGUCAGCAGCUGAGGAAAGCUUUGAAGCUGAACUGGAAGAGCAAGCCAAAAAGAUAGUUGAGGUCGUGUUACAAAAGUCGGUGAAGGAAUUGAGUAGCCCUGGUCAGCAGUAUGGUGAUGGUGACAGUGAUUUUGCUGCGGAGUCUGACUCAGAACGCGGUCCUGAACCAGAAACCAACACAGACUCCCUGUCAGAAACAGAGCCAGAGCAGGGUGACUGGAAGGUGUAUGUGUCCACUGGGAGCAUGGAGGAUGCUGGGACAGAUGCAGAAGUCACCCUGUUUGUGUACGGAGACCAGAAGUGCUCCGAGCCCAUCCAGCUGGGGCUGGGGAAGGACGGCCUGUUCCAACAGCACACUGCUGAUAAAUUCAAGGUGAAUGUGAAAGGUGUUGGUGACAUCUAUAAGGUCCGGAUAGGGCACAACAAUGAAGGGGAGAAGCCUGACUGGUAUCUGGAGAGACUGAAGAUGAAGGAUCUGAAUGACUACCAAGUGUUGAACUUUGUGUUUAACCGCUGGUUGUCUCGCUCACGUGAUGAUGGAGAUGUCUGGAGAGAGCUGCCAGUCAUCAAACCAGGGGUCGAACCAUUGCCAGUCCUGACAUAUCAGGUAGCAGUAUACACAGGUGCAGAAUCAGAUGCCAGCUUUACAUCCAACCUGUGCAUCACCAUCCACGGGAGUAGAGGGGACACCGGGUGCCGCCUGCUCCACAAGCCACUGAACCACACCCAGGCCAAGUUCCAGCCAGGACAGAUGGACCUGUUUGCAGUAGAGGCCGUGUCACUGGACCGUCUGAAGAAAGUUGUCAUAGCACUGGAAAAUGAGUCAGGAGAUGGGGUGUUCCUGGAUAAAGUGGUGAUUAUGGAGUCGGCAGAGUCUGACAGGGAACACGUGUUCAUCUGUAACCAGUGGCUGCACAAGGACAAGGGAGAUGGGCAGACAGAGAGGGAGCUCAGCCUGGAUGGUGAGGACUGGAAGGUUUGGGUGACCACAGCUACUGACUCCAGGUCCACCCAUGGGUCCCAGGCUACACUGGUCAUCUAUGGUGAUAAAGGGAAGUCAGAGGAGCUUGUUCUGGCUAAUGAGGAGACCAAGUGCUUUGAACCAGGAGCAACUGAUGAGUUUCAGAUCUCUACAGCUGACUUAGGAGACAUCUACAAAAUCAGGGUGGGAUAUGAAGAUGAAGACAAGUGGGAAGGCUGGCACCUACAACAGGUGAAGCUGCAGGCUCUGUCUUCUGGAGAAGAGUUCCUGUUCAAGUUUGACCGUUGGCUCUCACGAAGCGAGGAUGACUAUGACAUUGUCAGGGAGAUGGCCAUCGCAAAGGAUAGUCACAGUGUACUACCAGUGUUGCAGUACUAUGUAUCAGUGUACACUGGAGACCACUGGGGAGCCCACACUGAUGCUAACGUCUUCAUCACCCUGUAUGGGGAGAGGGGAGACUCAGGGAGGAGGAGGCUCUUCCACUCUACCACUAAUGCAGUUAAAUUUGGCAAAAAUCAGGUGGACACGUUCUUGAUGGAGGCUGUUUCACUGGGCCAACUCAGCAAGGUUGUCAUCGGACAUGAUGGGGUAGGAUACGGCGCCGGGCUGUACGUAGACGCUGUGACGGUACAUGAGGGGGAAUCAGCUGUGUCGGAGUGGUUCUUCCCAUGUGGCCACUGGCUGGAUGAUCACAUGGAGGACAGCUGUACGGAGAGAGAGCUCUCACUAUUAGGGCUGCGUCCAGUGGAAGCUACAGAAGAACUAGAGCGCCUGCGCAGCUCAGAGGAAAAUGAAGACAAAAAGUCCAAUGGAAACUUCACAGUGUACCUGCGGACCAGUGACAGUGUGGGUGCAGGGACCAAGGCUAAGGUUUGGCUGACUGUGUAUGGGGAGACUGGGAACUCUGGUCCCAUCAACCUGGGCACAGACCAGGACAACGGCAAGUACAGCGAGCCUGGGAAGGAAGCCGUGUUUGAUAUCAAGGCUGGUGAGAUUGGAGAGCUGACUAAAAUCCGUCUGGAGUUGGAACCAGAAAGCAAGCCAACCACAUGGCAUAUAGACUCAGUGCUCCUACGUGACCAGGACACAGGUGAGGACCUGACGUUCCACUUUGACUGCCAGCUGAGUGACGACCCCGACACCGGCAGUCUGCAGAAGGAAGUCCCUGUACUCAGAGCCGGCAAAAUGCCACUGCCUGUUUUGCAGUACUACAUCAUGGUGCACACUGGGGAUGUGGAGGGAGCAGAGACUGCUGGGAAUGUUUAUGUCUGUAUCUAUGGCAACAAGGGAGACACAGGCAAAAGACAUCUACACAAGUCCCUCACAAAUGCUGUUCCUUUUCUGAGAAAACAGGUGGAUGUCUUCAUGAUGGAGGCAGUGUCAGUUGGAGACAUUGAGGUCCUGAAGAUUGGACACGAUGCUGACAAACCUGGAGAAGGCUGGUUUGUGAGUAAGGUUGUAGUGAAGGAAAAUGAGUAUGCGCCGGCUGAGGCAGUCUUCACCACAGAGUGCUGGCUGGAUUCACAGAAGGAAGAUGGCAGGCUGGAAAGAGAGAUCCCUCUGGAGGUUGUUCAGCCAGCCUCUCCCAACACACAGCAGAAGGAGGAAACCUCUCAGGGUAGCUGGGAUGUCUGGGUAACCACAGGGUCUGACCAGGACUGUGGGACGACAGCCAAGGUGCAGCUGGUUGUGUACGGAGAACAGGGUAACACUGAGCCUAUCACAUUAAACAAGAAAUUCCAGGCAGGGACAACACACAAGCUUGAGAUUAAUGUAGGUGACAUAGGAGAAAUCUACAAGAUUAGGCUGAGCCAUGAUGGUACAGGGACAAAAGAAGCCUGGUUCAUUGAAAAGAUAAAGAUGAAGGACUGCCACACGAGACAAGAGUUCCUGUUCACCCCGCACACAUGGCUGUCUGACCAGAGUGAACAAGGUGCCACAAUCGAGCUCCCUGCUAUCAGGCCAGACAUUCCUCCUCUACAAGAGAGGACAUACGAGGUUUCCGUGUACACGGGAGAUGUACCUGCGGGUGGUACGGAGGCCAGGGUGUACUUCACCAUAUUUGGAGACCAUGGUGACACAGGGAGACGGAUCCUCACACACUCCAUCAACAACACAGACAAGUUCCAGCAGGGCCAGGUUGAUGUAUUCCAUGUAACUGCUCUGGAUGUGGGGAAACCAAAGUACAUCAACAUUGGUCACGACAACCUGGGGAGAGGUGCGGGUUGGUUCCUGGACAAGGUGACCUUGAAGGAGUCGGCAGAAGCGACGUCAGAGUACAUCUUCCCCUGCUCCAGGUGGCUGGACAGCAGCAUGGAGGACGGCAAGACUGUCCGCACCCUGCGUCUGCUGGGAGAGGUCAACGAUGACGACAACACAAGGGAAAAGGACUCCGUCACAGAGGGAGAGUGGAAGUGCUGGGUGACCACCAGUAAUGUCCCAGCUGCAGGGACUGACUCUAAAGUCUACAUCAAAGUGUUUGGAGAAAACAGGGUUUCUGACGACAUACUGCUCAACAACAGUGACAAGAACUUCCAGCAGGGACAAAUGGAUGAGUUUGAUUUACAUCUUGGGAAGGAUUUGGGAGAAAUCUAUAAGCUUCGAGUGUGGCAUGAUGGGAAGACAUCCUGGCAUCUUCAACAGGUGAAACUGCUGGACAUGCACACUAACGAGGAGCUGAAGUUUGACUUUGACUGUCGCCUGGUGUCUGAAGGACAGGAAGGUUCCAUGGUCAGGGAGCUGCCGGCUAUCCGACCGGGGAAGGACAUACUGCCAUUGGUGAACUACAAUGUUAGCGUCAUCUCCAAACAUUGUGAGGGGAACUCUGGUGGGGGACCUCUGCUCAGCAUCAACUUAGUUGGUGAGAGGGGAGACACUGGUGUGAGACCACUUCUGGCACAGCCGGAGGUCAGUGGACAAAAUGAUGACAGUUUGAAGGUUGAUGUCCAUCACUUGGAGGCUGUGUCUUUAGGAAAACUGCACAGAGUUGUGUUGAGAAAAGGCCCGUCCUACCCUCUGUAUAUCACCAAAGUGGUGGUGAAGGAAGGAGACUUUGCUAAAACAGAAACGGUGUUCCUACAUGAAGGGUUCAUCGGUGAUCAUGACCGACCACAGGACGAAGCAGAGCAGGAACUCACAAUGUCUGAAGUGGUAGACUGCACUCCAUCAGACAGAAGAGACAAAGAGGAGAUUCAAACUCAGGGAGAGUGGCAAGUGUGGUGCACGACCAACGAGCACGCCAACGCGGGCACACACGCCCAGGUGCACCUGACAGUGUACGGAGACAGGGGAGACAGCGGGCUGCUCACUCUGCAGAACGGAGACCAGGACUGUUUCUCCUCAGGACGGACCAGCGAGUUCAAGGUCAAUGUGGGAUCCAUCGGGGACAUUUACAAGAUCAGGAUUGGGCAUGACAACACAAAGGAGUACCCUGGCUGGUUCCUGGAAAAGAUCCGUCUGAAGGACAUGCACACCCUGGCAGAGUUCAGCUCACAGCCCAAACGUUGGCUGGCCACAGACUCUAGUAAUGGGGAUGUGUGGAUGGAGAUCCCCACGGUCUGGCCUGGGGAGGACACACUUCCUGUGCUGAAGUACCAGUUGGAGGUCCACACCACUGACCAGUUCAGCGCAGGGACAGACUCCAACGUCUACAUCACCAUAUAUGGGCAGAGAGGAGACACAGGGAAGAGAGAGCUGGUCAGGUCACAGAACAAUGACAUGAAGUUUGAGCAGGGACAGAUGGAUCUGUUUGAAGUGGAGGCUGUGUCCCUCGGCGAGCUACAGAAGGUUGUCAUCGGCCAUGAUGGACAUGGACUGGGAUCAGGCUGGCAUCUGGACAAGGUGGUCAUCAAAGAGUCUCCAGGUGCAGACAAGAAGUACACCUUCCCAUGUAACAGGUGGCUGGAUGAAAAUGAAGAUGACAAAUUAAUAGAGCGAGAACUGCUGGUUCAGGAUGACAACUCGCCCUCUGCCAAGUCUCCUGACCACGCCCAGCCCACACCUCCACCACAGGAGACCACAGACAACAGAAAAGAUGACUGGACGGUGCGUGUGAUGACCAGUGAGGAUGUGAAUGCAGGCACAGAUGCCCAGGUCAGCCUGACUGUGUACGGGGACCAGGGGAACUCAGGACCCCUGCAGCUGGGCGUCGGACAGAGCGGCUUCUUCGAGAGAGGGAAAAUAGAUGAGUUUGAUGUGAAAGUUGGAGAUGUUGGGAAGAUCUACAAGAUCAGGUUGGAGCAGGACAACAGUGGAACAGACCCAGGCUGGAAAGUGGACAAGGUGGAACUGUCCCACCCCAGCUCAGGUGAGACCCUGGUGUUCACCUGUGAGCGCUGGCUGGCCACCAACCAGGACGAUGGACAGACCUGCCGUGAACUGCCCGCUGUACGAGAGGGGGAGGAAACACUACCAGUUCACAAGUACCAGGUUGGUGUGCGCACUGGUGACCUGGAGGAGGCAGCUACAGACUCUCAGGUCUACAUAACGAUGUAUGGCACAAGAGGGGACACUGGGAAGAGACAGCUGGUCAACAAACUCAACGAUCACACACCGUUCCAGAGAGGAAUGGUGGACCUGUUUGAGGUGGAGGCUGUGUCCUUGUCUGACCUGACUAAGAUAGUGAUCGGCCAUGACGGCUCCAGAUCAGACUGGUACCUGGAUAAGGUGAUCAUCAAGGAGUCGCCGUCCAGUAAGGAAAGUUUCCAGUUCAUCUGUAACAGUUGGCUGUCCAAAGACAGAGGUGAAGGACAGUUGGAGAGAGAGCUGCCUGUAGAGAAGCAGGACUACAUAGUCAAGGUGUACACUGGAGACAAGUUUGGUGCAGGCACUGACUCCACAGUGCACAUGGUCAUCUAUGGAAGCAACGGGGCCUCAACAAGGCUCCAGCUCAUCAACAACAUGGAAGAUCACAACAAGUUUGAAUCUGGAGGGGUUGAUACGUUCCAAGUUGAAACCCUGCCGGUGGGAAUCCCUGAGAGGAUUGUGAUAGGGCAUGAUGGGAAAGGAAGGGGGUCUGGCUGGUACUUAGAUAAGGUGAUCAUCAAAGAAUCUGAGGCUACAGAUGAGGAGUUUGUGUUCCAGUGUGACAGGUGGUUGGAUGAAGAUGAAGACGAUGGGAAGACAGAAAGAGAGCUGGUGGAAGAAGGUUACAAAAACAGAAAUGAUGCUGCCACAGACGGGGAAGCAGACAGCCCACCAGACAACACUGCUGCUGGUGAUGAUAAGAAAGAAGAUGAAAAUGCCAAUGCCAGCGACCAGCCUGGCAAACAGAAAAGUAAGAAUCCCAAUGAUGAUGGUCGACCAGAGCAGAGUGAACCUGCGGCUUAGAGUAAAGUUUGCUGACAAACUUUGUACCCAAGAUCUACCCUGUGUAUUGUAUAGUGUACUUAUUGUAUGUGUGCAGAACAAUCAAGUAUGCUUUUACUUCAUUUAAAAGCUGCUUUAUGUUCAAUAUGAAGGUGCACAGCUGUAUGGAUGAUUUUAUUAAAUUUAUAUAUUCAUUAUAAAGUAUAUUUUGUACAGGUUUGAAAUUUAGUUCUUAAAGAAAGUUUCACAGUAUUGUAACAUUUUGAAUAUGUUUUUUAAGUUUGAAUAUGCAUCAAAUUUGUUUAUCUUGGCAUUCCAAGUACGUAUACCAGUUUCCUGUUUUAGUUACGUUAUAUAAUGUUUGUAAUACUGUGUAAAAUGUUAGCCAGUUGUUGACAUAGGAAAAGCCAUAGACCCAAUGUGGUGACCUUCCUUCUAUCCCUGUACAUUUGUAGCUCCUGCAGCCACUGAAAAGUUCUGGCAUGAAAUCUAUCACGUUGGGAAGGGGACCGAGUAGCCAGGAUGUGCCAUGGCCACCACCACAGUAAAUAGUCAUGUAAGAUAGUGUCCAACGUGAUGUGGUCAUUGUGUCUGUGGUUGGCCUUAGAUGUGUAUAGUCUGUAAUAUAUGUAUGUAGUAACAAAAGAAAUAUUGUUCAUUGUAACUAUAUAAGAAUUGUUCACCUCAACUAUGUGUAAGUCCUCAUUGUGCAGUCCUCAUGAAUUGUGUCAUCUCUGUUGUCUGUUUGUGUAUAUUAAUUAUGCUUUGUUCUUGCCUUUGCCAGUGCAUAAGUAGAAAAAUAUCUGUCCUACAUAUAGGUACCUCUCAAGAGCUAUAUAACUUAUGGAUACUACUGGUAGUACGAUACUCACCACUUCUCUGUUGGCAGACAAUGCAAAAAUACAUGUCAUAGCUGCUAACUAAUAUAUGAUGACAGAGAUUAUCACAUGGCUAAACUUCUGCAAUGCUUGCAUCACUUAGCUACAUCAUACAGCUGCUGUCUUGUUAAGAAAACAGUGGACUAUUGCCAACAUGACCAAAAAUGGAGCAUUAACCUGGCCUUUCAUAGGAGGAGAAACUGAUCUUGUACAGUGCAUAAUGCACUUUGGGUAAACUAGGGGAUCCACAAAAUAUUGUGUUCAUUUGCUCCUUUCCCAAAUGCUGAGUAUAUGUAUAUCAACUCUGACUACAUCUGGCAUGGAAGAUUUUGAAAGUUGUUUACAGAAAUUACUAACACAAAAUACACUUUGGAACUUGUCAUGUUUAUUUCUGUGAAUGAAUGAAGAGUAGAAACUAACUUAAAAGUCUAUCUUAUGUAGCAAAAGAGAAAAAACAACUUAAUUAAUUUUCCAUAAGCCUCAUUGAAGCAUUUUGAAUAUCAAGGAGAGAAAAGUAAAUCUAACGGAAAGCAGGGGAUUGAUCAUAGCUGUAACUAUGUCUACUGAUAAAGUAAUGGUUGUACAUGUCAUAUGCUGUUUUAGAAUUUAUGAUAUUCUGUAAUAGUGUUGCUGUGCAGUAUGUCAUGGCUGAUGUGGAAAUGUAGAGACAAGAAUUGCACCUCAAAUCAUAUAACGAUUCACUGUUAAAAUCAUACUAAGUGUUCUCUAAUCGUCAUGCCUGGUUAUAGUGGACCAAGAGAGAUGGCUUUAAGCAUUUCAACUUAUUUCUUAAAAUUUGAGUUUAUUUUUAUGACACUUUCUCUUUCAUUCUUCAGACUUGGUUCUCAGAUCUCUUUGCAACUCCUCAGAUUUUGCAACCUUGAAAAUGAAACAGAGCAGAAGACUUAUAAUUAGUAUCAUUUGACUGUUGAGGUUCUCAAGAUCAAAUCACCUGAAGUCAGAUUGAGAUGCUAGCUGUCUUCAGCCUGCCCUUCAUCUCUGUGUAUCUCUUCAUAUGGACCUGUAUAGUGCUUUAACCAGUGUUGCCUUUGGCAGUGUGUGCCUUUGAUUUCUAGAACCUGUCAUUGUUUUUUGGUUUGUGAUCAGUUAGAGACACACACUCCAUCCACUAAAUGGUAGUCAAAGCAUUUGCAGUAUACAUGACUGUACAAUCAUGUAGAUGGCUAUUUCCAUAUUGCCCUGCUACAGCUGUUCAACUUGUGCUAAAGACAAGUCACAAAACGUUUGUCAACAGUGUUGUAAUGCUACUAUUAACAAAUUCACAAGAACUAAGUGGUUGCAAUAUUCUCUGAUAUGAUGUGUUGUGUUGCCUUCUUUCUUGUGACUAAAAUACAAAGGUAU